UGGUCUUUCACUAUUACCUUAUGGAUUUUCCCCUCCAUUAAAAUUUUAAAUGAGGAAAUGAAUUAUUUUCCUUUCCUUUUUAAUCGGUAUGAGUAUAACUAAUAUAAGUUAUAAGUAUAAGAAUUAUAUCCAGAAUUGGUAGACUACUUCAACUUGGUGACAGGUAAGUCGACUAUGUUUUGAUUGCAUGUAUUAUUAUUUGCCGUAGAAAGAAGUGGAGGAGAGGAGGUGACUGCCAGAUGCGUUUUCUACUGACAUCAUUUAAUAUGUUUAAUAUUACUAAUUGUGGUGGUAAGUCGGUAAUAAACUAACACCUCAUCACCACCGGAAGAGCAGCGGCUAGUCGUCAUCAGAUGAUAAGCGUCAUUUCAUGCUUUAGCGAUGCGCGCCCAGCGGCGUAUCCAGAAUGAAAGUAUUUUAUUGAAAGGGUGUCAGUUAGUGAUUAUUUGAAUGUGAGUAUUAUCAAUUAUACAUCAGUCUUUUCAGUAGGAUAUUAGAAAAUUGGGAUCAUGGUCAUGAGCAUAGAAAGAUUGCAAUUACGAACUUAAAAACAUGCUAGACUUGUUCCAUUUUCACGCGUUUUGCAAUUGGAGUGCCGGUGCAGUGGCGUAGGCAGGAUAGGGCUGAGGGUCGGCACUUAAGCCUUAAGUUACAUUAAAGAGUGGCGUUUUCGGUGCCUGCGUGGAUUUUUUGUGUGCGUUUGAAGUUUGAAUUCCUGCACACAAAUUUAUAGGCCUUGUCUUUGACCACAUGGACAUGGAAUUCCGGUCAUUAUUCAAAUAGUUAAUACAGUAUAUCGGUAAUUUUGUGCCGUAUUUUAAAAGAUAUAUUUAAUUUAAAUGAAAAUGCAUUCACAAAAACUAAUUUUAAAAAAGACAUUGGCUUUUUCUUAUAGCUUUGUGGGCUUACAUAAUGCUAGGGCAUAUAGUUAUAGUAUUAUUUGUAUAUCCACCCCAUCCCUACCCCCCACCCACAAACCUUUAAUAAAAAAUUAUAAUAAUGAAAUAGACCUGAGCUAUACUAUAUGGUCUCAAUUCUCAAACUGUAACUUGGAUUGGUUGGUUCCUGAUGAGCUACAGGGUUGACUAUAUGACAAUGAUAUCAUAUAUUUUUAGAAGAUAUUUUAGUUUGUAUAUUUGACAAUUUGACCAUUCUCAAAUGACCAAUUCAGGUUCUUUUUGUUAAUUAUUCAUUUAAAAAUUAUAUGUCAGAUUCUACUUGUUACAUUAGAAAUGAACAAAAGUUACGCCGAAUUAUGUAUUUUACUUACUGAUAAGUUCAAUUGUGUUUAUCGGCUAAUUAAAAAUCCUGACUGUCAUAGAUUUUCAAUUCAUGUUGCAAUGUGAUCUUAUUUCACAUAGACACUUACAUAAAUGUAACUUAUGUUAUAGCUCUCAGCACUAAUCAUUAUUAUAUAUGCCCUAGUAAUAUAUUUUCUUAUUUUAGUUCCCACAAAUUUCACAAAAGUUCAACAUGACCCGUGACAGUAGAAGGCUGACAUCUUUGUGUAUCUUCAUGUUAUGUGCUUAUCUAGAUGGAGCAGAAGCUCUUAACAGCCGCCCUAUAAUAGGUAGGCUACCUACCAAUAAAUGCUGUUUGUAUAUAUAUAUACCUAUAUCAUAAUAUAUAUAGGAACAAGGCAUAGCAGGCUAUAGGUGGGGGGGGGGGGGGGGGGAGGUGGGGAGAGAAAUGAUGAAAAGGAGUUUAAAAGUGAAUCUAAGAAACUUUAGUUAUUCAAAACAGUUCUCAUGAUUCGAUUAGUUGGCAAUGAGGAAAAAAAAAAAAUUCAAUGGCACAAUGAUUAAAGAUGGUAUUGACACCUAAAGGGUGGCCCAAAAAAGUGACAACAUCUCGUAGCAAAGGAUUAUUUAAUAUGAUUGAAUUAAUGUAAUGUUUUGUCAUUUACAGUUGCAUGCCAAGUAUUACGCUGAUUAGAAGAAAAAACAUGUUCAUUGUAACCCCCCUGCUUCUUAAAUGACAUUUUAUAAGCGUUGGCGCCACUCAUUUAGGCUUCUGUCAAUAAAGCACUGCCCUAGAUUUCACCAUUCCUCUAUUAUUGCCAACUUGAGCUGCUCAACUGUGGUAAAUUUUUGCAGAUCAUAGACUUUUGCUUGCAAUACAUACACCCCAUAUGGCACAAUCAACUAGGUUUAAAUGAGGUCUGUGCUGUGUGAUGUCGCCACAUGUUUGGCUCAAUAAAGGUUACAUUCUCCUGAUGAAGAAAGUUGAUUGUUUUUCUAUGAAUGGAGCUCUCCGUCCUGCUUUAAUGUCCAAUUGUGAUGACCACAUAUUCCUUGAAUGUCAGCCAUCAAAAACUCAUCUGAGAACAUGUUCACAAUAAUAUUCUCUGUUUACUUUGGCACCCAGUCCAAUGGACACAACAUUGGUUUUCCCCAUUUGAGACACACCUACUGGUACCAUGAUACUGCGGCUGAAAUAUUCCCAUUCUUUGGAACUUGCCUUCUCUAUACUUGAAUAGAAUUGAAUAAAUACAAUCAUUUUGAGAAUGAAUUGGCAUGGCAACAGUGAAUGUCUUUUCGUCUGUAAACCAAAUACUCCGUACACUGCUCUCAUUAGAAAACUAUUCAAGAAGCUGCUGACUGCAUUGCAAACGAUUUAAUGAGCAAUUUUCAUUGACCAUCUGCCCAAUCACAAUCAUGUGUGUAAUACAUUGCACCACAGACUCUUUCAAACGUUUCUCUUUCAAACCCCACAGACUUUUGUGACUGUGAGCAUUAUCAUCUUGACUGCAGAUCAGCUCACUCAACCGCUCAAUGUUCUGUCCCGUUCUAGCAAACUUUGAAUGACCACUUCCAAGUUUAAGUUCUGUUGUACAGUUAAAUAAAGUUUGAUGUAAUUAUACUAUUUUGCUACAGAUGUUGUCAUUUUUUUUUUUGGGCCACCCUGUAUGUUAUAAAAAAAAAAAAUUCUGUUAGGUCCACCUCUAGUGUAUACCAAGAACUUCCUCAUCAGGCUUAUAAUAAUUAAGAAUAGGGAUUGAAGUUGGCAUUUAGAUCUAGGAUUUCACUGUUUCAGGUAUUAUUAAUUAUCAGUCCAAUCCCACUCAACUCUGACUCAAAAUCGUAUAUAUUCAUUUAAUUAUCAAAAUUAAAUUUCAUUAGUUACAAGUGGUAAAGAUAAUAUAAUCUUAACAAAAGAAACAAGAUAUUUUGAUACACGCUUGUCAUUUGUGUGCAUAUCUGCCAUGCUUCAUACCAUCCUUUUGUUUUUGUAAUCCCAUCAUUUUUUGGGGUCACACACAAUCUGGUUACAUGUUAAAACUAUACUACACCAAAUACCAUUCAGGGAUCUUAGCACAAGAUACAGUUUCAAAGUAUGGCAAGACUUAUAUUCCUGCAACUUAUGUCAAAUAUAUGGAACAAGCUGGAGCAAGAGUUGUGCCUAUUAAGGGUGGUCAGCCUCAAGAGUACUAUUCCCAGAUGAUCAACUACACUAAUGGGUAAAAAGACUUAUCUAUUAGGCUUGGUCAGUAACUUGAUAGUUCUUCACUAUUUCAUGAAUCUUAGAAUCUGCUAGAAAUCAUAUUCAAUUAUAAGCAUCAUGAUUUGAACUUUGUUUUUUUAACAGUUAAAAACAAAACAAGGAAUCCAGUAUGGUUUAUUGUUUUUUUUUAAAAAUAUGUGUAAUAUAUUAAAAAAUUUAAUUAUAAUACGCUUAGUCUUAAUUACAGUAAUUUGAAAGCAACUCAUAUAAUAAAAAAAACAUUUAUGAUAUGAAAUAUAAUCAUUCAUAUUAUGCUCAACUUUAAGAAAUUUUUUACACUAGUUUGCUGGAUUUAAAUUAUAUGACUAUUCAGUGUGUGUUAAAAUAAAUGUUAUUUUGUAUAUUCCGUAAAUUCCAGGAUUUUAAUACCAGGUGGGGCAGUAAACUUUGCCACAAGUCUGAUUGGACGGUCCACUAAGAUUGUUUAUGAUUUAGCAUUGCAAGUAAGAUUUUCACAAUGCUAUAAUGAAAUAAUCGCAUUAAAAAAUCUAUCCUUAUAGAUGACAUUUUUGUAAACAUUUGGCAUGUCUAUUCAUAUACCGGUAUGUUAAGUUUCUCUUUUGAAAAGUAACAUUUUUAAAAAUCUAAAAAUUCUUUAACAACAGUUAAAUGACAAGGGAGACUACUACCCAAUUUGGGGAACAUGUAUGGGAUUUCAGCUUCUUUGCUACGUUACGCAAGGAGAGAAUCUCUUGAAACCAACUGACUCCAACAAUGCGUCUUGGGCCCUCAACUUGACUUCAGGUUGAACAUAUUAUAACAUCUUGUGACUUGAAUGCUUCAAUGUAUUAAAAACCUGGUAUAGGCCAAUCAUUUAUCUCUUGGGUUUGAAUGGGGAGAUAAGUUUAGUUUGGUAAUAAUUUCAAUCCCAAAUUUUUAAAUCUAAGAUUGGGUGUCCUUCUCCACACCAAGUCAUGGUUUGGUUGUAUGGGGGAUGCCUGUCAACUGAUCUGGGAAGUGGAGCACUAUGAUUGGUGGGCCGUACAGAUCUUUCACUUAUGCUGCUGUUUUCCUUCCAUUUAAAGUAUUAUCUGAUAAGUUUGUAAUGGAAGAUGGUAUCGGUAAUUUAUAAAAGUUUGUGACUCAUUUCAAGAAUUUUCAGUUAAGAGAAAGCAAUGCAGAGCUUUAGUUUAAGUGUCAUACUUUAAAAUUGCAUAAUCUUUUAAAAAGUAAGUAACUAUGGUUUUAUUAUUUAUGAAUGUCAAAUAAUUUUGAAAUGAAAUGAAUGAAUUGAAUGUUCAUCAAAUAAGUCUUGGGGGAUCAAGGGCUUAAGAUAUCUAUGUUAAAUCAGAGUGUUUAUCUCUAUACCAAUUAUAACCUGGUAGUAUUUUUCUCAGAUGCCUAUUUAAGCCGCAUGUAUGGAAUAGCACCCUUUGAGGUUCAAAAGAUAUUGUUGACUGAACCAGUGACCCAGAAUCAACACAGUUACAGCAUAUUAAUUCCAGUGAGCACAGCAAAAAUAUUAGAGAUAUUUAAUGUUUACAAGGAAAAUAUGUUUUUGUUAAAUGUCUUGUGGGAAAUGAGCCCUCUAGUUUUUCUGAAAAUGUUUGCUUAAUAAAUUCUGUUAUUGCAACAUUUUAGGUAUUGAGCAAGUUUUAAUUAAUUAUUAUUUUUUGGAUGAGUUAAAUGGAGCAUAGCCUAUGAAUUGUCAAACAUUCAAAUGAAAUAUGAAAAUAUGUAUCAACUUCAUUACUAUAUGUAGCGCUGCAUAAACAAGGCUUAAUUAACUUUAUUUUGCAUAGUCUUGAGGCACAAUAAUGCUAAUGAUUCACAAAUGGUUAAUUGGAAAAUAUAUUAUUUUAAUUUCAUGUGCAUGCUCUAAAAGUGUCCAUACUGGCUACUUUGUUAAUGAUCAAACGCAUUCAUUGAUAGGUAAUAUUGCCCUUGGGGCAUAUAUAAUUAUAUUUUAAAAGUUAAAUUGAAAAAGAAGCUAAAGUACAUAAUUUCAUGAAUAUAUGAUAUAUUUAUAACAUUUUAAAAAGCUGAUAUUAAAAAUUUAGCAUUUUAAAUAUUUUUUGCAAAUUUUCAGGAUUUUGAGAAUUCAAAACUAUCUGAUUUCUUCUACAAACUCUCCACUAAUUUAGAUAGGAAAGGAGUAGAAUUUAUCUCUUCUGUAGAAGGUAAAAUUAUUGUUAAUUAAUGUUAUGUUUUUAUUAAAACCAAUAAGGUAACAACAUAAGAAAUUCAGAAUACAAAUAGCAAGUUCUAAAACAUUUUCACCAUGCUUAGCUUGGCAACACACAGUACCCUCUCCCCAGAACAGGUCAUGCACAACAGUAGCCCCGGUUGUCUAUUUGUAUGGUAUAGUCUAUUGUAACAGCUCUCCCAAAAAUUUCAAGUCCAGUACAAAAGGUGCUUGACAUUGUCUUCAAGAACUUCUGGGUACGUUAUUGUCUGAGGGUCUUGGAUGUUUAGGGUUGAACUUCUUAUUAGGUGGACUUAGAAGUUGCUGAAUGAGUUGAAUGAGUGCUGUCUAAAUCGUUGGGUAAUGACUUUCUGUCAUUAUAUCCAAAACCGGUUCUGGAUCUUCUUCUGCUCCAUACCUGGGACAAAGUUGGUUUGAAUUUCUCUUCCAUAUGGGGCCAUUUGGGUAAAGCUUUACCUUAAAAAGGUUCCAUAUAUUCUGACAUAACAUGGAUCUUCCUGGUGAAUUGAUUCACUAGGAUGACUAUUUGUCCCACUACGGUUGGCUAUGUCUUGUGCUCAAUGAGCAGAACAUGAAACUUAGACUAUUAAUAAGAGUUCUUAUUUGCUGAUUGUUUGGCAGUUGACUAGGUGAUAAUGCACUAGCCAAUGGUGUCCUAUGAUACUGGCCUAGGAAGUUUGUAGAGUUUCUUUUAAAGGUAAUGAGGAUUUCCUUUGUGAGCUCUUGAAACUUUGAAUCAGUCGUUCAGCCGCUUCAUGUGAAGCGGGAUAAUAAAAAACUAUUAAAGAAUAUGGAAAGCAAAUGGUUAAUUUGUUAUUUUAAGACUUAAUAUUUAUAAGAAAAAUUAUUCUUCAAAUUUAUAAUCAUGAUGCAUUUAAAAAAAUAAAAAAAUAAAAAAUUAAAAACGUGAACUUUUUUUUAACUUAGCAAAAAAGUAUCCCAUCUAUGGAACCCAGUGGCAUCCAGAGAAAAACAGCUUCAACUGGAAUCCAAAUUAUGUCAUCAAUCAUGAUAAUGAUGCAGUUCUAGUUGGUCAGUACAUGGCCAAUUUCUUUGUAAACGAAGGUGAGUUAUUUUCCUUUCUAAUGUAAGGCAUGUGAUUGCUAUUUUAUUUUAUGCACCAGUACUCAAAUAUCUCCAAACUUAACAACCACCCUCCCCUGCAAUGCAUAUUAUGGAUUGACCAAUAUGAUAUUGAUAUUGCAAUCUAGUGACUAUUUGCUAUUUAUAAUCAUUAUUAUACUUCCUGGCAUUUCACACUGUAAACUCCUGUAUGUUCCUGUGGACAUCCACAACCGGGUGUGUGUGUGGGGGGGGGGGGUUUCGGGUUUAAGCCGUAUGGGGACAGGGGUGAGGGGCCUGAAAUAGAUGCAUAUUUUAUAAGGAUGUCCUUUAUGGAAACCCUGAUUGUAAUUUUUAUUAUAUUCUACAUUAUAAACUAUUUUUUAUGAUUGUUUUGUAUUGCAGCAAGGAAAAGCCAACACAAGUUUCCAAGUGCCCUUGUUGAGGCUGUCAAUCUCAUUCAAAAUUACAAGAGGGUUUAUUUUCCUGAUGGAACUUUUAUGGAGAACUUUUACAUAGACACAUAGAGAUUAUGAAAUAGUUUUAUAAUCAUGUAUUUUUUAAAUUUUUGUUUUUUUUGGAGAUCUUAAAAGGGAAAUGUAUCUUGUAUGCCAUACAAAUUCAAUAACUAUACUGUUUUUUUAAUGUGUUUUUCUCUGGUUAUUCAAAAAAGAAAGGGAAGCCAUUGCACACUUUCUAAAUGACAUUUGUCAACCAGAACCUUUUUUUUUACUUUUUACGUUACAAAUCAAUCUUGGUACAAAUGAAGUUAAGGCACAUGGAUCCAUUCAAUGUGAAAAUUGUUUCCAAAAUUAGCAAAGGGGUGUAGUGUAUCUUUCACUAUUUGAAGGUGACUACAUAUUUAGCUAAUGAGGGCGUUAUUCGUGAAAGACAGCAUCAUAAUUCAUAAGUGAGACUGAAAAUCCAAAAUAAAUUUUGUAACACUUAGUUGGAAAUAAUAUGGUACUCCUUUUGUCCGGGUCAUUUCUAGGUUUUUUGAUGCACCAGGUGAGAAUUGAAAAAUGCUGCCCUCUUCCUUUUACUAUCACCACUCUCUCCCUGUGUCAUCCAUGCUAGAAGAAUUACUGCAUUAGCUUAGCUUUAAAGAAUUUUGUAUUCAACAUUAAACUAUAUUUUAAAUUUUAUCCUCUAUUUCACUUUUUUUCCUGUCAAUUCGCUUAAUUUUUUCCCUUUUUGAUUUCAAAUUAAAAAUUCCCCCCUCCCCCCCACCCCCUUCCCACCUUUUUACUGCCCCUAAAAUUCUUCCGCCCAAGCCAGACACUGAGUUUUGCUUAAUGGUAGAAACGGACUUGUCUUUUGCACAAAUUGAAACAAGAACUACAGUAUUUGCAAGUGUUAUUUAAUUCUAUUAUAUUUUUGUAAUGUAUUUUAUUGCUAGUGCACUAGUAUUUAAUUUCUAUGAUAUAUUUUUACUAUAUCUUAUUGCUAAUACGCUAAUUUCAUAAUAGGGUAUCAUAAUAUAUUUGAAAGUGUUAUAUUGUAAAAGUUUUUUUUAUUCUUUUAGACUAUGUUUUUGCCUUAGUGCAACUGUAAAUGUUAUUUAGGGCAGAGCUCAGUAACCUUUUUUUAUAUGUGGCACACUCUUGGUCUUCCAAAGAAACAUUUAAAAAUAUACUAAAUGAAAUAAUGUGGUUAACAUUCUAAUAGUGUGUAAUGCUAUUAGGUAUAAGAUUACACGGUUUAGUUACAAAUUAACCAUCUGACUACCAACUGAUAAUAGAUACGGACUCAAAGCUGACCAGUCAUAUCAACAUUAUAGUGUAUAAAUAAACACAUACACCCUUUGUUUGGGAUUAAUUGCAUAAAAAUAGGGAAGGAUUGCUUGAAGGCAAAAAUGAGAAAUUAUAAUGAUUUGAAUAUAAUACAAGAUAACCAGCUGCAUUUAUAUGAACUUUUCUUCUUUUUUUUGUGUACCGGUACAAGGGUCUUUAUUUUUGCACAGGGCUUCAACUCCCUGAGUUUGGAAUGUAUACAAUAGGUUCAGUUCAUAUUUAUUUGUACUGUUUUUUUGUGUGUUAACAAUGGGUUCAUUUACAGAUUUUACCUAAUGUGAAUAUGUAUUAAUGACUAUUAUGACAAAACAAAAUCAUAAUCUUAAUCUGAUGUUUAUAGAGCUAUCAUUAUCAUGUUAACUCUAGCACAGUUUAAAAGAAAGUUGUUUAUUUGUGCAUCUACAAUAUUAAUAACUAAACUAUGGAUAGGGUCAGUGGGAGUUUUAAAAAUCUAACAACCUUAAGUGGGUAUUGAACCCUAACUUUUAAUUGCCAUAAGCAAUUGGACGAUGGCCUAAAUACAUUUUUUUUUUUCGUUUGUGUGUUUAAUUGAUGUUUAACAAUUAUAUGAAAAUGUAAAGAACAGUAUAGCACCAGAUCAGGAUUCCAACAGAGCAGGGUGCCACAAGAAAGAAAGUAAUAUAACUCAAACAGAAAUACCUUCAAUUGAAGAACUAUUUGAAGCUAUAUGCUUUUGUAAAACUAACAAAUUUUGGCUGACACAUCUCAACCUCUCACACCACAGAUACCUAAGAUCAGCUCAAUCAUGGUGAAUUCUUUCCCUCAUAGUAAGUACCGAAAGAUAUAAAAAUUCAUUUGUUCCCAGUCUAAAAUAAUUCACCAGCAUGCUCCCCCGGCUGUUAAUAGAAAAUGUUUUUUUUAAAAUCACCAUUAAAGUCAACAUUGUCACUAAUUGAGUAAAGUUCCAUGAUGUAUGCUCGUUGUUUUUAUUUUGUGCUUAAUAAAUACUUUUAGAUGUCUUGUGUUAAAUUGCUCUAGUUGUCUUUGUAAGAAUAUUUAUGCAUAUGCUAAAAAUUAAUAUGUACUUAGUUAUAAAAAAAAAACAUUGCCAUUUGUUUGAUCAAAAUUUUAUCUUAUCUUAAAUAAAAUAUAU